GCGGCGGCCUGGCCAGCCACUGCUUCCGAGCCGGCUGGGUAGUCCCGGGUACCGCAAGCCUCCCCGCGCAGCCUCCGACUCCGGCCGCCGCCUCCUCGGGCGCUUUGCCCGCCCCGCGCCUCUCCCGGACUCGGACCCGGCGCUGCGUCCUCGCCACCACUCCGGGCAGCUGCACUCAGGCUCCCUGCUGGGCACCAACAGCUCCACCAUGGGGCUAGCCUGGGGACUCAGUGUCCUAUUCCUGUUGCAUUUAUGUGGCUCCAGCCGCAUUCCAGAGUCCGGGGGAGACAACAGCGUAUUCGACAUCUUUGAACUCACUGGAGCUGCCCGUAAGGGCUCUGGGCGCCGAUUGGUGAAGGGUCCCGACCCUUCCAGCCCAGCUUUCCGCAUUGAGGAUGCCAACCUGAUCCCCGCCGUGCCCGAUGACAAAUUCCAAGACCUAGUGGAUGCCGUGCGGGCAGAGAAAGGCUUCCUUCUCUUGGCCUCCCUGAGGCAGAUGAAGAAGACCCGAGGCACACUGCUGGCCAUAGAACGGAAAGAUCGCUCCGGCCACGUCUUCAGUGUGGUCUCCAAUGGCAAAGCAGGCACCCUGGACCUGAGCCUGACCGUGCAGGGCAUGCAGCAUGUGGUGUCGGUGGAGGAGGCGCUCCUGGCGACUGGCCAGUGGAAGAGCAUCACCCUGUUCGUGCAGGAGGACCGGGCCCAGCUGUACAUUGACUGUGAGAAGAUGGAGAAUGCAGAGCUAGAUGUCCCCAUCCAGAGCAUCUUCACCAGGGACCUGGCCAGCGUGGCUAGACUCCGCAUCGCGAAAGGAGGGGUCAAUGACAACUUCCAGGGGGUGCUGCAGAAUGUGAGGUUUGUCUUCGGAACCACACCAGAAGCCAUCCUCAGGAACAAAGGCUGUUCCAGCUCCACCAAUGUCCUUCUGACCCUCGACAACAAUGUGGUUAACGGCUCCAGCCCUGCCAUCCGCACUAACUACAUUGGCCACAAGACGAAGGAUCUGCAAGCCAUCUGCGGCAUCUCCUGUGAUGAGCUGUCCAGCAUGGUCCUGGAGUUGAGGGGACUGCGCACCAUCGUCACCACACUCCAGGACAGCAUCCGCAAAGUGACUGAAGAGAACAAAGAGUUGGCCAUUGAGCUGAGGCGGCCUCCCCUCUGCUACCACAAUGGAGUUCAAUACAGGAAUAACGAGGAAUGGACCGUGGAUAGCUGUACGGAAUGUCGCUGUCAGAACUCCGUUACCAUCUGCAAGAAAGUGUCCUGCCCCAUCAUGCCUUGCUCCAAUGCCACAGUCCCUGAUGGAGAAUGCUGCCCACGGUGCUGGCCCAGCGACUCUGCGGAUGACGGCUGGUCCCCGUGGUCUGAGUGGACCUCCUGCUCGGCGACCUGUGGCAAUGGAAUCCAGCAGCGCGGUCGCUCUUGUGACAGUCUCAACAACCGGUGCGAGGGUUCCUCCGUCCAGACGCGGACCUGUCACAUUCAGGAGUGCGAUAAGAGAUUUAAACAGGAUGGUGGCUGGAGCCACUGGUCUCCGUGGUCAUCUUGUUCCGUGACCUGUGGUGAUGGUGUGAUCACAAGAAUUCGACUCUGCAAUUCUCCGAGCCCCCAGAUGAACGGGAAACCAUGUGAAGGCGAAGCCCGGGAGACCAAAGCCUGCAAAAAAGAUGCCUGCCCCAUCAAUGGAGGCUGGGGUCCCUGGUCACUGUGGGACAUCUGUUCUGUCACCUGUGGAGGAGGGGUACAGAAACGUAGCCGGCUCUGCAACAGCCCCACACCCCAGUUUGGAGGCAAGGACUGUGUUGGGGAUGCAACGGAAAAGCAGAUCUGCAACAAGCAGGACUGUCCAAUUGACGGAUGCCUGUCCAAUCCCUGCUUUGCUGGGGUCAAGUGUACGAGUUACCCCGAUGGCAGCUGGAAAUGCGGUGCCUGCCCCCCGGGCUAUGGUGGAAAUGGCGUCCAGUGCCAAGAUGUCGAUGAGUGCAAAGAAGUACCUGACGCCUGCUUCCACCACAACGGUGAGCACCGGUGUGAGAACACGGACCCCGGCUACAACUGCCUGCCCUGCCCGCCGCGCUUCACAGGCCCGCAGCCCUUCGGCCGGGGUGUGGAGCACGCCACCGCCAACAAACAGGUGUGCAAGCCGCGCAACCCCUGCACAGACGGGACGCAUGACUGCAACAAGAACGCCAAGUGCAGCUACCUGGGCCACUACAGCGACCCCAUGUACCGCUGUGAGUGCAAGCCCGGCUACGCGGGCAACGGCAUCAUCUGCGGGGAAGACACGGACCUGGACGGAUGGCCCAACGAAGACCUGGUGUGCGUGGCCAAUGCCACCUACCACUGCAAAAAGGAUAACUGCCCCAACCUGCCCAACUCCGGGCAGGAGGACUAUGACAAGGAUGGAAUCGGUGACGCCUGUGAUGACGAUGAUGAUAAUGAUAAAAUCCCAGAUGACAGGGACAAUUGCCCAUUCCACUACAACCCGGCCCAGUAUGACUAUGACCGAGAUGAUGUGGGAGACCGCUGUGACAACUGCCCCUACAACCACAACCCAGACCAGGCCGACACAGACAACAACGGGGAGGGAGACGCCUGUGCUGCAGACAUUGAUGGGGACGGUAUCCUCAAUGAACGAGACAACUGCCAAUACGUCUACAACGUGGACCAGAGGGACACCGAUAUGGAUGGGGUCGGAGAUCAGUGUGACAACUGCCCUCUGGAACACAAUCCAGAUCAGCUCGACUCUGACUCAGACCGCAUUGGAGAUACCUGUGACAACAAUCAGGAUAUUGAUGAAGAUGGCCACCAGAACAACCUGGACAACUGUCCCUAUGUGCCCAAUGCCAACCAGGCUGACCACGACAAAGAUGGCAAGGGAGAUGCCUGUGACCAUGACGAUGACAAUGAUGGCAUUCCUGAUGAUAGGGACAACUGCAGACUCGUGCCUAAUCCUGACCAGAAGGAUUCAGACGGUGAUGGUCGAGGUGAUGCUUGCAAAGAUGAUUUUGACCAUGACAGUGUGCCAGACAUUGAUGACAUCUGUCCUGAAAACAUUGACAUCAGUGAGACUGAUUUCCGCCGAUUCCAGAUGAUUCCUCUAGAUCCCAAAGGGACAUCCCAGAAUGACCCGAACUGGGUUGUACGCCAUCAGGGUAAAGAACUGGUCCAGACCGUCAACUGUGAUCCUGGACUUGCUGUAGGUUAUGAUGAGUUUAAUGCUGUGGACUUCAGUGGCACCUUCUUCAUCAACACGGAAAGGGAUGAUGACUACGCUGGGUUUGUGUUCGGCUAUCAGUCUAGCAGUCGCUUUUAUGUCGUGAUGUGGAAGCAAGUCACCCAGUCCUACUGGGACACCAACCCCACUAGGGCUCAGGGAUACUCAGGCCUUUCCGUGAAAGUUGUUAACUCUACCACCGGGCCGGGCGAGCACCUGCGGAACGCCCUGUGGCACACGGGAAACACCCCGGGCCAGGUGCGUACUCUGUGGCAUGACCCUCGUCACAUAGGCUGGAAAGAUUUCACUGCCUACAGAUGGCGUCUCAGCCACCGGCCCAAGACGGGUUUCAUUAGAGUGGUGAUGUAUGAAGGGAAGAAAAUCAUGGCUGACUCGGGACCCAUCUAUGACAAAACAUAUGCUGGUGGUAGGCUAGGGUUGUUUGUCUUCUCUCAAGAAAUGGUGUUCUUCUCUGACCUGAAAUAUGAAUGCAGAGAUUCUUAAUCAUCAAACUGUUGAUCAAAAGACUCAUCCUAACUAAUGCUGGUGUUGCACCUUCUGGAAUCACGGGCUUAAGAAAAACCCCCAGGAUCCCUCCUCCCUGCCUAUUCUCUGCUUGCUUAUCAUUGUGGACUCCCAC